AUGGAUCCCCCCAGACCAGAGACACAUCCCACAGAGAAUGAAAAUGACCCUUCACCCGCGGAACAAGUGCCUGAUCCAGCAGACUUAGAUUUUAACUCUGCUGGCCAAGAUUUUGUCAUCAGCAAGUUGGACUCUUUCUACCAAGAAUUGGACUUGGAUUCUCUCAACGAAGAUGUUUCGCAGUCAGUGUCACAGGCCGCUGCGGAAGUCUGUGAAUCCCACCCAAUUACCAAACAAGAGGUGCUCACAGAGGCCGAGCAUAAGGAACUCAAAUUAGAACUGGCUAAACUGGAGGCGGAAAUUUUAACCUUACGCUGCUCCCUGGAAGCCAAAGAGAGACGCUGCUUGGAGCUCAAGAAGCAACUGGGCCACAAGGCCUUGGUAGGGCUGAAGCAGAAUCUGUCCAAGAGCUGGCAAGACGUUCAGGUGUCCAAUGCCUACAUGAAGCAAAAAACGUCAGCUGCUUUGACCACAGUGGGAACUGCCAUCUGCAGAAAACUUGGAGACAUGAAGAAGUCGACCAAGUAUAGAUCCUUCGAAGGUUUGAUGGGGACAUUCAAGACUAGAGUCGCUAGUGGCAGAGAGUUGGGCACCCCUGACUGCCUUCCUCCUCCUGCGGGAAGUGGAGGGGGAGACGACCCGCUCCCCCCUUCAGGGAAUGGAUAUGGUGCUGCCCAGGGGAGUGGGGAUGAUCAACCUCCGGAGAAUGAGGAUGAUCUACUACCCUUUCUGGAGCAGGAAUGA